AAUGAAUAGGUUAUUCCUUGUUCACUUUAGGAAAUUUGAGCCAAGUAAUUUUACCAAAGUCCUUCUUCUGAUAGUCCAAGUCACACCAUCUUUUCUCAAGUCGUAUGAAUUCCUUCAUAGAGUCAGUAGAGUACUUUUGAAUUUUCAAAGUUCUUUUUCAUUAAGUCAUUUUACUAUCCAUUGCAGAGGUUGAUAUUGUGAUAUUUAUCAUAGAAGUGAGAAGAUGAGUUUCUACUUUUGUUCCAUGAUACUUUUAUCUCAUACUUCAAGCUUUGAUCCCAAAAAGAGCAUUUCUCUAAAUGAUUUUUGUGAAUUCCAAAAGAGGAAAGCGCAUCAUAUUCCACAACAACUUGUGUCAAUAGGGAUUUCAUAAAGUUCUCAAUGUCUUCCACCGCAGAAUCCUUUGAAGUACAAUAUAACACGUAUCUAUUUCGUUUCUAGUAAGUGUGUUUCUACUCGAUUCAACUCCCACUCAAUAUUCUAGUCAAAACUUCUUCGCAGUGGCAGGAGGGACUAUAACAGGUGUUUGGGGUUUAACCAACUUCAAAGGCUUUCUUAUGUAUCCUAUUUUCAACAUAUUUCUUCUUCUAGCAGUAUAUCUUAAAACAAAGGGAAAGCCUUCCUUCUAUUUUAUGGACAGUAUUCCUUCUCUCUAUCUUCGAUGUGUAUUCUCCAAAGAGGGAUUCCUUUCUUUUAUCUUAUUUUGGACUCUAUUCUAUUCUAUUACUUUCAUUUAUUGAUAAGAAUUGGAAAAUUGGUUUCACUUUUCCCAAAGAGAAACCAACAAAUAAUAGAAACAGCAAUGGGAGUAGCCUUACAAACCAAAGAAAAUAAAAGUGCUUCCUUGGACGCCUUUCCAAAACCACUCAGAGGAAAAUGGAGAAGCUUCAUAGUUCGACUUUGGACCACAGUUGCUAUGCUAUCCGCUUUUUUUGGAGUUAUCUCGGCAGGUCACCUAUGGGUGUCCAUUCUCAUAAUCUCUUUAGAAACCGCCAUCUUUAAAGAAGUAGUUCAACUAGGUCAAGUUUCUUCCAAGAAAGAGCUGCCUUUCUUUAGAACUUUGUCUUGGUGCUUUUUCUUUACAGCUCUUUAUUUUGUAUACGGAAAAGCAGUGUUAGCCAACUUUGAAGACAGAAAGCUGUGGUUUAUGAAAAGCUACCCUUUACGAUUCUUUUUUAUUCAUCAUACGUUUGUGUGUUUCUCACUAUAUUGUGCCUUAUUUGUUGCUUUUGUACUCAGUUUACAACCUUCUCAAUAUGCAUAUCAGUUUGGUGUAUUUGCAAGGGUGCACGUAGCUAUUUUGAUAGUCGUAUUACAAGCUCAUUUUAUGGUAUUGAAUACUCGGCAGGGUAUGAUUUGGUUUCUGCUUCCAGUUUCCUUGGUUAUUGUGAAUGAUAUUUUUGCUUAUCUCAUCGGUUUCUUUUUUGGACGUACCAAGUUAACUUCUUUAAGUCCGAAGAAGACUUGGGAAGGAUAUAUAGGUGGAGGUAUUGCCACAAUUCUAUUUGGCUAUUGUUUUGCUCGUAUUCUUGGAAGAUAUCCUUUGAUGUUUUGUCCAAAACUUGACUUUAUGGAUUGUGGCUUUUUCUGUCAUGCCAGUUGUAAACCAUCACCAACUUUUAUUUCAUUUCGUAAGGAGUUGCCGCAGUUUAUUAGAAAAUUUCUUAUUCGUUUGGGAACACAAAGUUAUUCUUCUGGAUAUCUUCGAAAAGUGUUGGAUGCAAUUUGUUCUGUUACUGGCCUUUGUAUUUGGUCAAAAGAUGAGUCUUUCGAUCCUUUCUUAGAUUUGCUUCCCAUGCAGAUUCAUUCAAUAUCUCUUUCUCUUUUUGCAUCCAUUAUUGCACCGUUUGGAGGGUUUUUUGCUUCAGGUUUGAAACGUGCAUUUAAAGUGAAAGAUUUUGCCAAUCUUAUUCCCGGUCAUGGUGGGGUAACAGAUAGGAUGGAUUGUCAGUUGCUGAUGGGUCUAUUUACUUAUGUCUAUUUGAUCAAUUUUGUACUUCGAAAUACUCCCGAUGUUGGUAACUUGAUGAGUUUGGUGUUGGAGUUGAGCACUUCAGAACAGUUGGAACUUUUACAGGAACUUUAUCAACUUCUUCGUGAAAAGUCGAUUCCUCAGCAUGUUUUGCAGAACAUGAUGAAUGAACAAGUAGUUUCCACUUAGAUAGUUUCCAUUGGUGUGAUAUGUAACAGUUGGAAUAUAUGCUUCAUUUGUUGUUGCAAUACAAUUACCAAACAUUGACGAAGAACAAAAGAGGAAUUUGUAGUUUUUGUAUGAUUUGGUUCCUAAAAUGACUUAGUUGGAGGUAUACAGAUGCCUUUCCUUACCUUUUCUAUGACUAUUCUAAGUUGACUGUAAAGUUGUGUGAAAUGGCUUGUUGUUUUGGCCAACCAUUCUGUCAAUAAAUGAAAAGUUGUUGUAGUGGAACAACUGUGAUUCACAAGUUGCUGGCAUAAAGAUGGUAAUAUUCGA